AUGCAUCUGCGCAACUACGGCGAGGUGGGUUCAUCGAGGGUACAAGGCCGUGAGCCACCAGCGUCAUCAGACAAGCCUUCUCUUGCGCUCCCUUGGCAGGCCGAGCCUACGUGCGACUUGUGGAAGGUGAUGGGCUUGAAAGCUGGGGUUGGCUAUGGGUGGUGCCGGCUUGGGCCUUGGGUAGACUCGGAACUCGGUGCGGACUCUGCGACAUAUCUUCUUCCUUCAUCAUUUCCCUCCCUCAAGCAUCGUGGACGGACGGACAAGUAUGCGCAUCACGGCGAAAAGCCGCGAGGCACGCGAUUGAUGGAUCUUGAAGUAUGGGGAACGACGCCAGCGCAACACGAUCUACCCAACUACCACGGCACAACAGGGCCGAGAGAGGAUGACUUUCUUGAUGCGACAAGCAGAUGGCAGCAGGAUUUGCCUUAG